CCCCGCCGACUCCCCGGUCCCGCCGGCCCCAGCGCCGGGGCUUUGGGCUCAGCCCCUCCCCGCCUGCCUCCGCCCGUCCCCGAUGCCCUCGGCCAAUGCGGAGCCACCUCGGAGCGCAGUGUGAACGCCGCCCUGCCGACGGGCAGCCCGCCGCCGGAAGGAUGCCCGAGACCGGACAGGACGCCCCCAGCAGCCAAGCGCAGCCCUCCCAGCCGCCGCCGCCCCCCAAGGAAUCUCCCUUCUCCAUCAAGAACUUGCUCAAUGGGGACCAUCCCAAGGCGCCCCCCAAGCAGCCCCGAGCGCUCUUCCCGCCGGUGGCCAAGGGGGCUCUGGAGGGGGCCGGCUUCGCCCUCUCGCAAAUGGGAGACCUCGCCUUCCCUCGCUUCGAGAUCCCGGCGCAGAGGUUCGCCUUGCCUGCCCACUACCUGGAGAGGUCUCCUGCCUGGUGGUACCCCUACAGCCUCACCCCCGCCGGAGGCCACCUGCCUAGGCCGGAAGCAUCGGUGGAGAAAUCCCUCCUGCUGAGAGACUCUUCACCGGCCUCGGCGGGGACGGACCGGGACUCGCCGGAGGAGCCGCUGCUGAAGGCGGAGCGGGAGGCCAAGGAGCUGGACUCCAAGAGCGCGGACGAGAUCAUCCUGGAGGAGAGUGACUCGGAGGAGGUGAAGAAGGAGGAGAGCGGCGCCGAGGACUGGCCCAAGCGGGAGGCGGCCGACGAGGGCGCAGAGAAGAAGCCGUGCCGCAAGAAGAAGACGCGCACCGUCUUCUCCCGCUCGCAGGUCUUCCAGCUGGAGUCCACCUUCGACCUCAAGCGCUACCUGAGCAGCUCCGAGCGGGCCGGCCUGGCCGCCUCCCUCCACAUCACCGAGACGCAGGUCAAGAUCUGGUUCCAGAACCGGCGCAACAAGUGGAAGCGGCAGCUGGCCGCGGAGCUGGAGGCCGCCAACCUCAGCCAUGCAGCCGCCCAGCGCAUCGUCCGCGUCCCGAUCCUCUACCACGAGAACGCCGCCGGCGCCGAGCCCGCAGGAGCAGGAGGCGGCGGAGGAGGAGGAGGCGGCGGCGGCGGGGGCCCGACGGCGGGCGGCGCGCCGGUCAGCCAGCCCCUGCUCACCUUCCCCCACCCCGUCUACUACUCGCACCCCGUGGUCACCUCGGUGCCGCUCCUGCGGCCCGUCUGAGAAGG